UAUGAGUUUGGCAGAACAGACCCGCAGCUCACCGGGGUUUUUCUGAGCAGGAUAUUACACAUUCGAGGGACUCGGGCUUUACUUCCAGCCGGCCUUAAGACAAUGAAGGCAGUGGCUCUGAGUGACAUUCCUGGUUUUGCCCUUUUUUUGCCCUUUUUGUUCAGAGUCAGGUCGCGCUGGGCCAAAGCUUGUAAAAUUGCAAAACUGUGAACUCAUCACAAGGCUUUUCCUUUGCUUUUGAAUGAAGUUAAACUAAACUCACAUUGAUCCUGCACCUAGACUCACCCACUGGAGGACUCUCUGUCAGUAGCAGACUGAUCCACCCUCGCUGUGUGAAGGACAGAUAUCGCAGAUCUUUCCUUCCUGCAGUGAUCAGACUACACAAUCAACUACGCCACAACCAGUGCAAUAUUUGUGCACUGUUUUAUACAAAUGGCAUUGUCUUGCUUCUCGUGUUUAAUAUGAUGUUUGUGACGGUCGUGUGGUCCUCGAUGGACCAGUGGGUUCAGUGGGUUGAGGUGCAGCUGCUGGUGCACAGCUGCAGAUGAAGCUGGUGAUAAUAAGCACGUUGUUCCUGUGUGAGAUCAUCGGGGUUCAUCACACAGAUGAGCCUGACGGGUUCCGCCUGUGGUGGAGACACCUGCUGCUCCGAGUGCAGCCAGACGCCGGCUUCUGUUCCUGCAGGACGCCCUCUCCACUCGCCUCCUCCUCAGCCCACACUGUCCGCGACCGUCGUGUCAGGGCUCUGGAAUCAUCCUGGAGUCAGUCCAGAACCUUUGUGAACACGACAAGCCAAACAUUUAGACGUCUUUUCCUAUUAACAGUAAAAUAAAGCCUUCGAUACCUGUUCCAGUGUCUCAGUCUAAGUGGUGGUGGCCCCAUCAGUGAUUGCGUCACCGUCACAGCUUCAAACGGGAUGCCUCGUGUCGUGACGUCACAGGACGCGGGGAGAGAGCGAGAGAGCGCAGAGGAAGAUGAGGAGAUGAACAGAAGACGCACGGAGAGGACGACUGGUGUCUGGGUCCGUUUUACGACUUACGUCUUUUAACGUCGAGCGACAGGAGACAGAUUCUAUCAGUUGGACUGAGACUUUCUGCGAACUUUGGAGCAGGACUUCUUCUGGUAAACAGACAACGCUCCGUUUGUGGCCUUCGGUCCUCCCGAACAAAGGUCCUUCAGCGGAGCGUGAUUCUCGGUGCAGCCUGGCGUUUUUAGGCGACAGCUCAGCAAAGACGACGCGUUCUCUGCAGCUCAGCAUCAUGCGCGGCCUCUGGCGCCCCCUGCUGGCCAUGUGCCUGAACCUGCUGCUGCCCUGCAGCCAGAGCUGGAUCCCCGGCUACAGCAACGGCUUUCACUACCAGGACAUCAACAACGGCAACGGCAACGGAGAGAUCCACUUCAACGGGGUCCGGCUCCUGGUGGAGUCCCCGCAGACUUCGGUGAUGGCCACCAGGGGCAGCAGCGUCACCCUCCCCUGCCACUACCACUACGAGCCGGAACCCAGCACGCCGCGCAGGACCCGGGUCAAGUGGUCCUGGUUGCCCACGCACGGCGCCGCUGAGCCCGCGUCCCCCGAGGACGUGGCCCAGGAGACUGAGGUGAUGGUCACCAUGGGCAACCGUCACCGCAGCUACGGCGGCUUCAGGGGCCGCGUGCGGCUGCGUCGCGCGGCGCCGGGGGACAUGUCUCUGGUCAUCAACGAGCUGCGACUCAACGACACGGGUCGGUACCGCUGCGAGGUGAUCGACGGCCUGGAGGACGAGAGCGUGACGGUGGAGCUGGAGCUGCGGGGUGUGGUGUUCCCCUACUCCUCCCACACGGGCCGCUAUCGCUUUAACUUCCUGGAGGCGCAGCAGGCCUGCCGGGCCCAGGACGCCGCUCUGGCCACGUUCGAGCAGCUCUUCACCGCGUGGGAGGAGGGGCUGGACUGGUGCAACGCCGGCUGGCUGGCCGACGGCACGGUGCAGUACCCCAUCACCGCCCCGCGCGAGGGCUGCGGCGGCGUGGACCUGGCCCCCGGGGUCCGCAGCUACGGACAGCGCCACCGCCUCCGGCACCGCUACGAUGCCUUCUGCUUCUCCGCCUCCAUCAGGGGUGCUGUGUAUUUCCUGAAGGAUCCGACCCGGCUCAACUUCACGGAGGCGGUCCGGGCCUGUGCCAGCGACGGGAGUCAAGUUGCAACAGUGGGACAGCUGUUCACCGCGUGGAGGCUCAUGGGGUUGGACAGCUGUGACGCCGGCUGGUUGGCUGACGGCAGCGUUCGUUAUCCAAUCACCAAAGCCCGGCCCAACUGCGGCCCACCAGAACCGGGCGUGCGUAGUUUCGGGUUCCCCCCUCGGUUCCUGAAGUUCGGCGUCUACUGUUACCGUUAGACGCGCUGGCCCAGGUGUUAGGUUAGCAUUAGCCUGGACGCUAACGAGGAGGUCACCAGUCGGGUCAUCUGGUUCAUUCACUUUACUACCAGUCAUCAACUGUAAAAUAUCUAUUGUAAUAAUGUGAUGCUAUUUAGACUCAUCAUCGACACACUCCGACGCUGUGGGCGUAAAGUUCUGCACGAUUCUGGGUCCUGGUUUUAAGGAUCAAGCUCCUUCACUACGAUGCGGCUGUCAGUUGAUCCCUUGGCGUUAAGUGCCUUGCUAAAGGGCACCCGUGCUUCCAGCUGGCCGCACACUGACCGACUACAGACUAACACUGUGAAGCAGGACGGCCUCUGGUUUGUCUCCUCCUCCUUUUCUUUGUCAUGUUGUGGUUAAAAGUAGGCGGUUGGUCAAAGGGAGGCGUAAGUUAUGAGUGAGUUUAUAUGAGUUUAUAUUUAAACAACCAUGUUUACAGAAAGAAACCGUGUUUCAUUAAUACAUGUAAUGUUUUUGUUUGUCAUCUAUGCAUUUUGUACUUUUUGCUACAAGUCAAUAAAAACAUUUCUUUUAAGAUUUA